UCUUUCUGUGUAUCUAUAAAAUGUACAACUAACUUUUUCUUUGUUCUUUUGAUUUGUUAUUGUCUGACUUUGCAUCGCUACAGAUUGUUACACAGCCAAACUCUGUGUGGGUCAGUUCCAGAGACAUCCACCUCCAACCUCUUUGCCAUCAAGCUGAAAGGAUACAUUCAACUUCCAGCAGUCACUUCUUGCUCUGCAGCCUGAUCCUCCUCAUCACUGUCACCAUGGUUAUAAAUGAGGAAUAUGAAUGCCCGGUGUGUUUCCAAGCAUACUCGAGGCAAGACCGGAUUCCCAGGGUCCUUCACUGCCAACACACCUUCUGCACCCCCUGUCUGGAUGUCAUGUCUUCACCGCACAGUGGCAUCCGCACUGUCUCUUGCCCACUGUGUCGCUGGAUUACCUGUACUCGUGUCAGCCUCACCAUAUCUGGGUCUCUGUGGGUCAACACACAGGUUUGGGACCAGAUCUCAAUGAGGGAAGAUGACGAGGACAAAGACGCAGUGGACGAGUACAUAGAGGAGUGCAUGGAGAAUUGCACAGAGAUGCAGCUUCCCAAUGCAAAUUCCCCUGCAUCAAGACACUCUGGUUUUAAAUCCAAACUCCAGAAAUGCCUGAAAAUCAUCAGCUGUGUGGCGGUGCCAAGAGACCAAGUGGAAAGUUGAUAACCUACUGUAUGUGACAUGAGAAAUGUUAUUAGAGGCUCCCUUUUUCCUCAUGUUGGACUUGAUAGACAUGAGGAAUGUGAAUGUGAAUCGCCAAGAAAGACUGAAUUUACUCUCUUGCAUUGGUAUCUUUAUCUUGCACGACUGUCUGCUGCAAUGUUGAAGUGACAACCGUGCAAAUCUCUUAUGUUCUCCGUUUUUGUUGUUUCAUAGAUUAAGUGAAGUAGGCCUGCACGGCAUCCUGUGGUUACUGAGUAUUUCUGUUGAUUUCUCAGACAGAACAGUGAGGAAAAGGCAAGUUCACAAUCAAGAAGAUAAUGAACGUAUGUAGAUACAGUAGUUUGCAGAUUUGGGUUUAGGAAUAUUUUUACAGACUUUCAUUACUGUAUAUCAGGGGUGUAAAACUGGUGCCUUGGAGGGCUGAGAGGCUGCAGGUUUUCAUUCCAACCGAAAACUCCACUGGGCGAUUGUGCUGAUUAGUCCCUCCUGUCUGCUUGAAGGUGGGGUGAUCAGUGAAAUGAGCCGGUGGAGUUUCAGGUUAGAAUGAAAACCUGCAGCCUCUUGGCCCUCCAUGCCACUAAUUUGACACAUGUGCUGUAUGUAUUAUGGAUUUAAGUGUUUUUUCUUUUUUCUUUUUUCUUUUUUUUCCAUUUGUUAUUUGGCUCAUGUGAGCAAAACCUAGAAUGUACUUUUCAGGUACUUUUGAAAAAUACUGUGUUUUUACUUUAAUAUACUGUGACAGUAGGCUACUUUCUAGAAUGGAUCACAUGCCUAUAAAAUACAAAAGCUACUAUCAAAUUAACAUUUCAUACAUGUUUGCUUUAAAAUAAACUACUUGAAAAUA